AGCUCCGCUCCUCCCCGUCAUCCCCCUCCCGUUGUGGAAAUGUAGAGGCACGACACGUGAUUCGCUUGCCAAAAUCCAGUAUGGCGGAAUCUGUCAGUGGCUGACUUCGUCGCUGGUACUGCUUGCAAGGGGAAUUAAGCGGUUUGGUGUUUUUCAGCACGGAGUGACCGCCACAUAAGGCAGGUUUACAGCUUUGAACACUGGGAUUGGAGUUGAAAUUGAAUCCCAGUGGGAGGAAGGCACAAUGCAUUGGUGACUCGUUUUCUCCUGGCUCUCGCCACCUACUCUGGAGCUUACACAGUGGAUGGUUUCUGUCUUUUAUGCAUCCGCGGAGCAGUCAGGCCCUGCGAGCUAAGCUUUGAAGAGUGGGAUAGCCAGUGUUUGGGAUAACACUCAAAGAUGAGCUUUCAGAGCCAUCCAGAUGGACUUUCUAACAAAGAGCAGCCCUUAGAACUUUUGAAGCCAUCUCUGGGCAAUCACAUCUCAUCUUCUGUUGAUGUGAGCACGGCCCUGCCCCUGCAAGCUCCCCCACCUGCACUUCCCAUGGACCUACGGGUGGAUCACCAAUUUCCUUUGUCCACCUCAGAAACAAACUUGCGGGAGCAGCAGUUACAGCAGGAGCUCCUGGCUCUGAAACAGAAGCAACAGAUCCAGAGGCAGCUACUAAUUGCUGAGUUUCAGAGGCAACAUGAGCAGUUAUCCCGCCAGCAUGAGGCCCAGCUACAGGAGCAUGUCAAGCACCAGCAAGAGUUGCUGGCCCUCAAACAUCAACAGGAGCUGAUUGAACACCAACGCAAACUGGAGAAACACAGGCAUGAGCAGGAACUGGAAAAACACCAGCGAGAGCAGAAGUUGCAGCUUCUCAAGAACAAGGAAAGGAGCCAAGAAAGUGCUGUGGCCAGUACUGAGGUGAAGAUGAGAUUGCAGGAAUUUGUCUUGAAUAAGAAAAAAGCACUUGCUCAGAGAAACCUAAAUCAUUGCCUGCCAAAUGACCCUCGUUACUGGUAUGGGAAAACUCAGCACAGCUCUUUGGAUCAGAGCUCUCCUCCUCAGACUGGAAUCUCAACAGCUUUCAAUCAUCCUGUUUUGGGAAUGUAUGAUGCAAAGGAUGAUUUCCCACUACGAAAAACAGCAUCGGAACCCAACCUAAAGUUGCGUUCCCGGCUUAAACAGAAAGUGACAGAAAGAAGGAGUAGCCCUCUGUUACGAAGAAAAGAUGGACCCAUUAUAACUGCAAAAAAACGACCUUUGGAUGUAGCAGAGUCAGCCUGCAACAGUGCUCCUGGCUCUGGACCAAGUUCUCCCAACAACAGCUCAAACAAUAUUACUACAGAAAAUGGAAUUGCAGGAUCUGUCAACAGCAACACGACUGAGCCAACACUGGCCCACAGACUUGUCAGCCGUGAAGGAUCAGUGCCACAGCUUUCUCUUUAUACAUCACCUUCUCUGCCUAACAUCACAUUAGGACUGCCAGCCACAGGACCCUCCAGUGUUGCCUCAGGUCAGCAAGAAUCUGACAGACUUACUAUGCCAGCUGUCCAACAGGGCCUUCCUAUAACCACUCCCUUCAUUCCUGGCGCUCAUUUGUCUACUUAUCUUGGGGCAUCAACGUUGGAGAGGGAAGGAGGAACAACACAUAACCCCCUUUUGCAGCAUGUAGUUCUUUUGGAUCAGUCAGCGCCACAAAGUCCCUUGGUAACAGGCUUGGGGACUUUGCCCCUCCACUCACAGUCUCUGGUGGGAGCUGCUGCAGUUUCUGGUGAACGUGUGACGCCCUCCAUACACAAGUUAAGGCAUCGUCCACUGGGUAGAACACAGUCGGCUCCCCUACCCCAGAAUGCUCAGGCCCUGCAGCAGUUUGUCAUUCAGCAGCAGCACCAGCAAUUCCUAGAGAAACAUAAGCAGCAGUUCCAACAGCAACAGCUUCAUCUCAACAAGAUGAUUCCAAAGCCAACUGAACCAGGAAGGCAGCCUGAGAGCCACCCUGAAGAAACAGAGGAGGAGUUACGAGAGCAUCAAGCCCUAGUGGAUGAACCAUUUGGAGAACAUGCUGCUGCCACUGGUCCCAAAGAUGGCAUUCUUCGGCUUGUCCAAGUUAAGCAGGAGCCUCUUGAGAGUGAUGAAGAUGAAACUCAGCAACAGCAUGAAGACCUGGAAAUCCGGAAGAGACAAGCUGAACAAGAGAUUCUCUUCCGGCAGCAAGCCCUGUUACUUGAGCAACAGCGUAUUCAUCAGUUGAGAAACUACCAAGCAUCAAUGGAGGCUGCUGGGAUACCUGUCACAUUCGGAGGUCACCGGCCUCUCUCCAGAGCCCAGUCCUCUCCUGCCUCUGCAAGUUUUCCUAUCUCAGUACAAGAGCCCCCAUCCAAACCCAGAUUCACUACAGGUCUGGUAUAUGAAACCAUGAUGCUUAAGCAUCAGUGCACUUGUGGAAACACUAACACUCACCCGGAGCAUGCUGGGAGGAUCCAAAGUAUAUGGUCUCGUCUUCAGGAAACAGGACUUCGUAGUAAAUGUGAGUGCAUCAAAGGAAGAAAAGCAACCCUAGAAGAACUGCAAACAGUCCACUCAGAAUCCCAUGUUUUGUUAUAUGGGACAAAUCCACUCAACAGACAGAAAUUAGACAGUUCCGUAUUGCCAAUGUUUGUGAGGCUUCCUUGCGGCGGAGUUGGAGUUGACAGUGACACUAUUUGGAAUGAGGUACACUCUUCUAGUGCUGCUAGGUAUGCUGUUGGAUCUGUCAUUGAGCUGGUUUUUAAAGUUGCAUCUGGGGAACUAAAGAAUGGCUUUGCUGUGGUACGUCCCCCAGGACAUCAUGCAGAGGAAAACACUCCAAUGGGAUUCUGCUACUUCAAUUCUGUGGCUAUUGCUGCCAAGCUGUUGCAACAAAGGCUUAGUGUUAGCAAGAUCUUAAUAGUUGACUGGGAUGUCCACCACGGUAAUGGAACCCAGCAAGCUUUUUACACUGAUCCCAGCGUGCUAUAUGUGUCCUUGCAUCGAUAUGAUGAUGGCAACUUCUUUCCAGGCAGUGGAGCUCCUGAUGAGGUUGGCAGUGGCCCAGGUAUUGGAUUUAAUGUGAAUAUGGCUUUCACAGGCGGUCUUAAUCCUCCAAUGGGUGAUGCUGAAUACUUGGCAGCAUUCAGAACUGUGGUAAUGCCCAUUGCAAAUGAAUUUGCUCCUGAUGUGGUGCUGGUUUCUUCAGGGUUCGAUGCUGUGGAUGGACACCCACCCCCAUUAGGAGGAUACAACGUUACUGCUAAAUGCUUUGGCUACCUGACGAAACAACUAAUGGGACUGGCUGGGGGCCGUGUGGUGCUGGCUUUAGAAGGGGGUCACGACCUCACUGCCAUUUGUGAUGCCUCUGAAGCAUGUGUUUCUGCUUUACUGGGAAACGAGCUUGAUCCUCUACCACAAGAUUUGUUACAGCAAAGACCCAACCUAAAUGCUGUUCAAUCCAUGGAAAAAGUUAUUGAGAUUCAGAGUAAAUACUGGCGAUCAGUCCAGCGCCACUCAUCAACAGUGGGUUACUCAUUGAUUGAAGCUCAGAAAUGUGAGACGGAGGAAGCAGAGACUGUAACUGCCAUGGCUUCCCUAUCAGUAGGAGUCAAAAGUAUGGAAAAGAGGCCAGAAGAUGAACCAAUGGAAGAGGAACCACCACUGUAGAAGCCGACUGGACCUGUCCCUUGACGUCAAUGGUUCAGAGUCCUUCUUGCGUCUCUGACACAAGUCUGCCAGGAAACAACAAUUUCAUUUCCUGUUUCUGCUCACUACGCCAGCAUCCUGUUGUUGUCUUCAUUCAAGGUCUGGCGAUACAAGAAUGAAAGUGAGGAAGAAAAAAUGAUGUCUGGAAAGCAGAUGAAAAAGUUAAAAAAAAAAAAAUGCGUUCCAUUCAUUCAGAGUUCUGAAAUGAAAGGCAGCCGUAGUGGCUGUUUUUGGCAGAGGACGCAGACAAUUUCAGUCAGAAAUAAAAAAUGGUCUAAAUGUGAAAGCUGGUGCUUUAACCUUUUAACUAUGGUUUUUAUGACCUGGAAUGGCCAAUGUUACACAUGGUAGAUUUUUUAAGUGGAUCUUAAUCUAUUUACAAGCAGUUGAUGAUUACAUAUAUUACAAAUAAGACAACUUUGUUCUGAUGAUAAAACAGCAAAAAUAAAACAACAUAAAAUGGUUUCCAGGAGUGAGGACUAUAACUGAAGGUGUGGGCUUCAGGCUCAAAAAAUCUUUGAAGAAUGAGAGUUUGUGCCUUUCUUGACCUGAUGGAUUUCAUGUUGAAUUCAGAAGAACAAUGCCUUAAACAAAUUGCAUAAAAGAACAAUCUCCCCCUCCCCUCCAGAAAAUCCAUCCUUUUGGACACAAGAUUGGAAAUGUUAGAAACCAUGAUGGUGGAAAAGCAAAGGAGGUAGAAGAUGCUCCACAUGUUUACUGAAGGAGUAGAAUGGACAAUGGCUUGUAUUUAAGAAUUUCUCUGAAAAUUCCUUGUUUUAUUUUUUUUUCUUUAUUUUUUUCCCUUUUCUCCAUUUAAAUUGAAGCAUCAAAAGCAGUUUGUAAGGUAGUUGCCAGUUAUGGAGGCGGGUAAACAUGGUUGGAACAGCUGAAAAAUGUUGGCUCAGUUUUUAACAUUUAGCAUACACUUUCUUGUGUUGUGUAGCUAACAACACUGACUGGAGAUAUUUCAGGUUUUUAAAGCAUGUACCUUUUAGUACAACUUGUCAGUUUUUCAAAUCGUAGAAUGUCUUUCAUGGGGGUUGGAAAUGUAAUAAUAACACAACUAAAGCAUGAGAGGUUGCUUCCAGCUGAUGACCGUUAAUAAUGUAAGCUAGUCCAAGCAGAGAUCCUUAGCUUUAUGUAUAUUUUAUACAAUCUAAAAAUAUAAACCUUAAUGGGUAUUGUGAAAUUGCAAUGUAAAUACAGUAACAUUGCUGACCAAUAUUUGAAAAAAUACACACACACAUACAUAUAUAUAUACAUAUAUAUAUUGACUGCUUGUAAUAGUCUACAUGUUACAUUUUUCCCCAAGAAUAUUUAACACAUUGUCCUCUUCCAGUACAAUAUUAAUAACAGUAAGCAUAGUUCAGCAUGACUAAACAUGGAUGCACUUGUCUUUUUGCACAGCUUACUAAGUGUGAUUGUCUUUUUCCGUCUCCUGUGUCAUCCAAGGAUAGUCGUUUAACAAUAAUAACAGUAAAAAGAAUGUGAAUGUGCCAUUGAGCACCAGCACAUCAUGUUAUAGUGAUAUUUUUGCUUUAUGUUUUUUCUUCUUUUUUGGUUUUGUUUCAGGAACUUGACAGUGCCUGCAGGACUGAUCUGGUCUUGCAUAUUAGCAUGACAAAUGGUUUCUAACAUAAGAUGCAUGAUAUCUGAAGGUACUUACUCAGUAUAUGUUUGUAUGUGUGUAUAUAUAUAUAUAUAUAUAUAUAUAUAUAUAUAUAUAUAUAUAUAUAUAUAUAUAUAUAUACACACAUAUACACACACACAGUAUAUGCCAAGCUCUAUCUUCAUGCAACCCUAAAUUGGAUAAGCAGGUUCAUACAGUGGAUGGAAAGAGAAAUUGAUACCUAUACACUGUCCAAAACUUGUGAGUAAUGGCUUUUUUCAGGCAGUAUUGGAGCACAGUGGUCAAGGAUGAAGUUAGCGAUCCAACUAAUGUUUAGCCACCUGGCAACUACCUUAAGCAUUACUUUGUAGUCUGAUUUCAACCGGUUUGUUUAUAUUAUUAAUAACAUUGGGGAAAAUAUUAAGAAUAUACAUUCUUUUUUUUCCCUACUGCACAUAAGUCCAUCAGAGCAUUCUUUGUGAAGUUUUCCUUUUUAUUUUAUUUUGCCAGUACUUUUUUGGUUAAUUCUAUAUUUCUGGUCUUGACCUGUAAGAAAUUUUACCUUGUUAAUAAUUUGUAUGUAUUUUUUUUAAAUUUGCCUUAUUAUUUUUCCUGUGCAAUUAAUAGUUUGAAAAAGAAAACAUUCUGUAGGCUUCAAACAGCUGGUGGCAGUUUUGAGCAUAAAUUCAAAACGUGAAACAUGUAUCGCUUGUGGUUAGGUGGGAGGGUUGGGGAUGGGGGAGUUUAUUUCUACUUUGUAUAAUGAUUCCAAACAAUUGUAUAUUUACUAUAUGUUCUGUUCAUAGUACAUUUAUAUAAAAAUGCAGUCUUCUUAAAAAAAAAAGAAAAAGAAAAAAAGGUAAAAAAGGAAAAAGUCUCACAAGGUGAUAUUCUAUACCCUUAACCAAGUCAGGUUAGGCGCUUUCUCAUAUUUAAACUGCACUGUUGUGGGUUGCCAUGGCAUACAAAAACUAGCAUUAAAACAUGCUUUUAUUUAGUUUGUUUAUUUUUGACUGUUUCUUUAUUUAAAAAAAUAGUUUCUACUCAAGGCAUCCAAAUGUUCAGAAAAUAACACCAUUAUAAUACUUUGUCCACAGCUCAAAAGUCACAUUUUGUUUUGAAGCAUUCCUUUCCCCAACAGUGUUUUUGGGUAUAGCUGCUUUGGUAAGCUAUACUGUACUCAUUUAAUGAAAUCAGAAAAGACAUGUUGUUAGUUUAGCCCAAUGAAAACAGCAAGCGUAUCGUACCACAGCUAAGGCAAAAUGUGUAGCGGAGCUGUGAUUAAACAGCAGUUACACAUGAUGUGUGGGAAGGUGGCUGGCCAGCUUACCACGUUGUGUGCAUGCGUGCGUGCAUGCAUGCAUUUGUGGGGAUGGGUUUGACUGUUCAUUAAUCGUCCGUCGAAACAUUUCUAUGGGAUGCACAUCUUUAGUAAAAUUUCAUUUUUUAAGCCUACAGGAUACAUUUUUGAACUGCUAGCAGGCAAUAUUGUCAAAUAAAUUUUUUUCAUUUACUGAUUUUUUGACUUUUAUCCCUGCUGCCUGAGACUGCCAGCUUUUAUCUAUUGUGGCAGAGUCCUGCAUUAUAAAGCUAAGUUACCAGUAGUAGGCAAAGCAAUGGAAAAAUGUCAGCACCUGCCAGUACAGUUAACUGUCAACUGCACCAACACUGUAAACCUCUUUAAAUGUUUUGAAUACUUGCAGUUGAAGUGCAUGGUUCUUCUGCAGCUGUACUUGCAAGUACACAUCUGCCCAGUAUAGUAUAUUCAUCUCAUUCAGCCUUCGCAGCGCCUCAUCCAAGUUGUUAGCGCAUUUUAUAUCAUUUCUGCCUCUCUACACCAUUGUCGGCAUGACUCCAACUGAUUUAGCCCUCGUUGCGCCAUUUCUCUAACCUGACGCAACUUUUUUUGUUUAAGUACUUUAGUUCUUUGUGAUUCCACCUGUCCAUGCAAGAGCCCAGUGUGUCCAUUAAAGUUUCUGCUAUGCAGAGAAGAGAAUGCGUGUUUAAUUGAUAGGGAUUACAGAGUGUUACCUACACAAAGCCUUUCAUUGCUAAUUUAGUUCUUGCUGGUUGUGCACAUCAUCAUGUUAAUAUUUCACUUUGUUUGAUUUAAAUUUAUUUUCUGCCUAGUUCAAGUAAAACUAUAUUUGGCUGGUCUGUGCGAUAGUAUAAUGGCCUUCUCUUAGCCAUGAUUAGUUCAUGAAGUUUUUCGUUUUACGAGAAGGUAAAAGUCUCUCAUAGGUAAAUGUUCUGAGCGUUGACAGCUCCCAUACUCCAUCACGAGUAGAAGUGCCAUUGUUACUUUGUGAUCCGACAAAGAUUGAGCAAGCUUACUUUACCAAAAAUGUAAAAUUAACUCUAAAAAUGAAUUUUAAAGAGCAAGAUUGCUUCAGUAUGUGCUCUAGAGAUAUAUAUUUUAACAAUAUAAAUGUUUAGUUUAUGAUUUACAAUUUCAAAUCAUAUGUAAAGUACAAACAAUCUAUUUAAUUUGGAGUAUUUACAAAUAUAAAUGUACCCAAAACAUAAAAUGUAUUUUCAUAUAAUCAGUAAUAGUUUAAAAAUACAACUGCCUGAAAUCUACAUUAUAUUAUUUAAAAAUUAUUUUGUAAUCAGGGCUCUCUGCCAAAUGCAAAAAUCUGUGUGUCUCAUCUGAAAGCCUGACGAUCAAAACAAAUCUAAAGAUGCCAAAUAUGAUACCUUUUCCAGUUUCCUCCUCAGUCUUAUAUUUUAAGAUGAUUUGACAUUUUAAUGCUGACAAUAAUACGGAUUAAAACAGGAAUUAAAACUCAUUUUAAAAGGGGGGGGGGGUAAAAACGCGCGCAAAGCAUACACCAUGAUCGCUAUCAACAUGGUGGGCUGAAGGUGGAAGGUGUUGUUUUGUUUAUAUAUAUAUAUAUAUAUUUUUUUUUUUUUUUUUUGAACUGAUGCUUUUUCCUUGGCACCUAAUAUUGGUUCAAUUCACUGACCAGAGCUGGACAAGACGUUUGCUGGAAUGUCAUACCUCUUACGUGGAUAGUGGUUUAUUGUAGUGCUGUCUGGGUUAGGGCACAUUUUUGCCCAUUUUUGCUUCUACAUUUAUCCCCAGGGAAGUUUAGCAACAGCCACACGUACUUAAAGUAUGUUAGAGUAAAAGAAACUGUAUUGAUUUUAACUUUAAAACCACCCGAGGAUGUAUUAAGCAUGUUAACUAGUGUGUGUGUGUGUGCGUGCGUUUCCAACUUUGAAAAGAACCUGUUUAUUACAAAUGACACGCUUUGCUGUCUGGCAAGUGACAGCGUUCUUAGCUAACCUUUACUUAUAGAUGUCACUGUUUGAAAGUUUUUUUUAAGCGUGAUUACCAGAACAUUCCUUUUUAUUUGAAAUUUCACGUGUCCAUUCCUUUGGGUUUUUUUUUGUUUUUUUUUAAAUUGCUGCCUUCAUUGAAGAGUAUAUUUUACAUUUGUACUUUAUUUUCUGUUUUCUCUUUUGCAUGGUUUGUUCGCUGGCAUGCCUGAUGAUUGUCCUUGUAAUAUAUUUGCACAAUGGAAUAGCACUGGAGGACUUUGGUUUUAUGGCAUCUACAAAAGUACAGGAUUGGGAUAUUUUGUAUUUUUAUUUUUUGGUCAGAAGGAGAACGAAAGAUGUUCUUUAUGUCUUCAAUAAGAUAACAAAAUGUGCUUUUUUAAUUGUAAAAACUGAACUACUUAAACAUUUGAGAAUUUUACAGACUCUUUAGCACUUGUGACCUACAAAGGAUAGAUUUUAUUGUAUUUAUGUAGAAAAUGUUUUAGGUAAACUACACAGAAACACAACAGACUGCCUGUAUUUUGUUUGAUUUGUUGUGUUCUUUUUCAGGUUUAGUGGGUGGGAAAAGGGGAAGGGGUCGGAGAUUGUUUUAGCAACAUCUGGAGUCACUUAGCACUCUACUGGUCUGUUCUGCCACCUCAGAAUUGUAUACCCAUUCAUCGCACUUCAGCAAGUAAAACGAUAAGCAACCACUGUGGUUUGGGACAAAAAAAAAGAUCUACAUGACAAAUAAAAGUGAUCUAAUUGUGAAAGUUUGCUUUUUCUGCUGGACCCUCAUUCUCCUCCAACCUCUCACUCAGUCCCUGUCAAGGAAACAAAGUUGCAUUCCAAGUUUGUCUCUUUUAGUGUUUCAUAUCAAAAUCCAUCUUUUUAAAAGAAAAGACACUAAUGUAACUACUUUAAAAUAUGUUUUGUUAUUGUCAUUUGCCUUUGUUUGGGUAGAGGAGCUACGUACUGUACAUAUGUAUUUUUCUUUGGAUUAAGAAAUCCAGUUGUUAACAAAUGAAAGUUGUUGUUUAUUUCUGAAGAAACCACUCACACCAUGUGACAGUCGGAUAUCCAAUGCUACAGUUGUGGGGUGUUUGCAUUUCUGUUGGGCAUCAAUCUGAGCACUGAAUCCCUUUGGCCUGUCGGCCCCAGAUUUCUUGGGCACAGAACAAAAGUUGGUGCGUGCAAUAACUUUCAUUUCAUGUUCAAUCUUCAUCUAUAAUACCGGGGCUUACAAAAAUGAAGUGCUUUUUUUACGAUCUGCAUUUACAUGUAGUCCAGCAUUCAGAAACUCGUUGACGCUGCAGUUUCAAAUGGGUGCUCGCUACACUGAACACUGCACGCCCUCAGUGCCACUGUUGGUAGCAGUUGGACUCUUUUGUAUUUUAUGCACAAAACAUGGUUCCAGUGUGGGCUUUUGUUGUUGUGAUGGUAACAUUUAUUGUUCCUUUUUAUUUUUAUUUAUGCUUUUUUUUUUUUUUUUGUCUUUUUUUCAUUUUUCAGGAAUUCAAUUUUGAUAGUCCUGAAAUUGCCAGAUGGCAUUACAAGUUUUAUUUUGGGUUGUAUUUCCCAAAUGGCCAAUGAUGUCUUUCUUUAGGCAAAAUAAACUUCUAUAUACAGAUAAUAAGGAUUUCAGUAUUUUGUACCACAUUAUGACAACUUGUUAUUAUUGUGGUGUAAAUAAAAAAAAAAUCUCUACAUGA